AUGUACUCGGGCAGCCCGACUGCGGAGCAGCAGGACGACAUCCACAGGCUAUUUCAGAGCCUUGACCACAAGGGCCGCGGCGUGAUCUCGUCGCACAAACUGCGCGUGGCAAUGGCGGAGAUGGGGCUGGAUGCGCCCACAGCAGAGGAGCUGAACGAGUGGGUGGCCGAGGUGGACCCAAAGGAUACGGGCAGGAUCAACUAUGAGCAGUUUGAGGAGUUCAUGGCUAGGCGCCUGGAGGAGGCCGACCAGCAGGACCAGAUGAUGAAUGCCUUCAGGCUGUUCAAGCCUGGAUCAGGCAGAGAGGGCAUUACGUUUGGGGAUCUGAAGCAGAUUGCGAGCCAUCUGGGCGAGAGUAUCCCCGACGAGGAGCUGCACGAGAUGAUCAACAUUGCCGACACCCAGGAUACGGGUCAGGUCAGCUUCGAGGACUUUUCGCGUAUUAUGCUCAAGACCGGGCUGUUUUAG